AUGAAAUUGCUGGAAUUGAAAGAUCGUGAAUCUAGUGAUGAUGUAGCCAUUGGAGAAACGACUCCUGAAUUGGGUGCUAGGGCUAAGAGUUCCACAUCCCGCUGCAACGGAUCAGGCUGGUGUGAUGUUCAUUUUGCAAAGGUUUUAAAAGCACAGCUAGGAUUUAUAUAUAUCAAGGGAGAAGGCGCAGUAGAAAAGGCGGUGAAGCUUAGUGGAUGUGAAUGUGAUGAUGUGAAAGGAUGUAAGUUUGUAGCUAAAAAGCAUAUUCAGGCAAAAAGACUUCGUGGCAAUCAGUCUACUGGCUAUACUAUCCCAGAUUGGUAUAUCCAGAAGGUUAAGAGGGCUAAGAUGGCUAAGGAGUAG